UCCCUCCAUAAAACGAAGCGGCGCACCAUUAACUGAUAACGAAAAGUCAAUAGUAAUCUCCAUUCACAAUUAUUUUUCGUGGGUUAGCUUUAAAAUGGAAGACCAUCAGAAGGUCACAUUACGCAAGUGUGUUGCUGAGGCAUUGAGAAUAUCGAAAAGUACAGUUGGAGUAGUGGUGGCAGACUGGAACAAGCACGGUGAUAAUAAUUUUAUGCCGCAUAAAACUCUCAGUCGACCCAAAUUGCAACCCGAUGAAAAUGUUUCGAAGCUUCUUCGAGUACUACACCAGCUGGAUUUUUAUUAUAGUCAGGAAGAACGUAGAAAUUUCCUCUAUGAGUCGCCAAAUAAUAUUGCGUUCU